GUGGUUGCCGGAUUCCAAGGCCGCAUGUCCAUGAAGGAGGUAGACGAGCAGAUGCUCAAUGUACAGAACAAGAACAGCAGCUAUUUUGUGGAAUGGAUCCCCAACAACGUGAAAACGACUGUUUGUGACAUCCCACGAGGCCUGAAGAUGUCAGCCACCUUUAUCAGUAACAGCACUGCCAUUCAGGAGCUGUUUAAGCGCAUCUCAGAGCAGUUCACAGCCAUGUUCCGGCGCAAGACCUUCCUGGACUGGUACACGGGCGAGGGCACGGACGAGAUGGAGUUUACGGAGGCUGAGAGCAACAUGAACGACCUAGUGUCUGAGUACCAGCAGUACCAGGAUACCACAGCUGAAGAGGAGGGCGAGUUUGAGGAAGAAGCUGAGGAGGAGGUGGCCUAGAGCUGUACCUGGCAAAAGCCUGGCAGCCACAUGAACUUUUAUUCACUUACAAUCUGUUCCAAUAGCUUUGUUUGUGUGUGCACUUAAUUCUUUCUGUCUUGACUUCACAACACCACAUUAAAGCAUUUUCAUAGUGAAAAAAAA